CACAUGAGCAUGAUGAAGUACGACGAGCACACGGUCUGCAAGCCCUUGGUCUCGCAGGAGCUGAGCUUCUACGAGUCGCUGCCCUUGGCCAUGAGGCAGUUCACACCCCAGUACAAAGGCAUCGUUUCUGUGCACCUCAAAAAGGACAGCCUCGGCAACCUGACCCUGAUCGCCAGCCCCAGCCUGCAGCCGGAGAGCUGUGGCCGGCUGGAUAACGCCAUCGGCGACUCCUCGGUGACGAUAUGGCACAAAUGCAAGUGGGCUGCCGGCACCGGCACCGGCAGCGAGCACACGCUCGUCAAGUGGAGUCACACGCAGCUCACCAAGACCUUCAAAGACAGCUGCCCGGGGAAGAUGCUAUUGAGGACAGACCUUCAGUACCGCACAGAUUCACUGUUGGAAGGUGCAAACAGAAACCAGCCAGAAAGAAAGAGCUACAACCCCUGGGGACUGCACUGUCACAGGCAGCACCUGAACCGCAUGUCCUCCAAGCAUAAUGAGAACAAACUUCAUCAGUUUCUAUUGCUUGAAAAUGUGGUAUCAAAGUACAACUAUCCCUGCAUCCUGGACUUAAAGAUGGGAACCAGGCAGCACGGCGAUGAUGCCUCGGAGGAAAAGAAAGCCCGGCACAUCAAGAAAUGUGAACAAAGCACCUCUGGGUCUCUGGGUGUUCGCAUCUGUGGGAUGCAGGUUUACCAAGCGGAUACUGGCCAUUUUCUCUGCAAAGAUAAGUAUUACGGCAGGAAACUCUCACCGGAGGGAUUCAGGCAAACCUUGCGCCAGUUCCUGUGCAACGGUAACCACCUGCGAACGGAUCUCCUGGAGCCCAUCAUCCUGCGGCUAAAAGCUCUGCUUUCUGUCAUUAGGAAGCAAAGCUCUUACAGGUUCUACUCCAGCUCCCUGCUCAUCAUUUACGAUGGACAGGAGCACAAGGAGAACAUGGCAUCCUUGGAUAAUCACCUCCACUUCCCAAAAACAAACUGCACCACAUCACAGAGCACUAGUCACUCCAGAGUUGACGUCCGGAUGAUAGACUUUGCCCACACCACUUUUAAAGGCUCCAAAUGCAAUCACACCACUUAUGAUGGGCCAGACCACGGCUAUAUUUUUGGCCUCGAGAAUCUCAUCAAAAUCCUUCAGAAUAUCUCAGAAGGAAAAUGACAAAUUCUGUGAAAUAGCCUGGAUUUACUAGUGACCGAUAGCCCUGAAACGUACCUCAUUUGGGUCAGUUGUAUGGGACCCACACAGCUGCUGGAUGUCAUGUGCACGGUUUGGAAUGAAAGCAUGGACAGAUUGCUAGGAAAGUGCAAAAAAAGCUACGUGCCAUUACUGAACUCAAGCGUAAAAAGCAAAGAGCUGAAAGAAUCUCUUCUGCCUGCAAUCAAUCAGAAGAUUUAUUCUCCUUUCUUGUUUUACUGCUGUUCUUGAUUUAUUUGUGAGCCAAAAGAAAGCAUUACUUGAAAAAGUCUUAAUGAU